AUGUGGCACGUGCUUCACGUGCUCCUUGCGCUUGGCGCUUGCAGGCUCGCAACCUCAAGGGUUUUGCUGAUCGAGUCUGCUGGCGCUGAUGUGGGCGACUGUUCGCAACCCUGUGCCAGCCUGCAGUAUGCGAUCAGCCAGGUUGAAGAGGGGGACAUCAUCCGCAUGGGAAGCGGCAUUUUUGCCGGAAGCCUCAACCGCAACUUAAACCCGUCAAGCAUGGGCAAGGGCAAUUUCACCAUCGAAGGCAAGGGACGUAGCAGCACCGCUGAAACCAUUGUUGAUUUGCAGUCGCUUGGGCGCUUCAUGCUCUUGGAUGCCGUUGCGGGAGACGUGACCAUCCAGACAUUGAGUGUGAUGGGUGGGAAUUGCGCAGGGGUGGUGGAGGGAGGCCAAGUGGGUGCCGGCUUUGCUUUGGUUGGCUCCUCGGCCACUUUGCGCCAUCUGGCUUUGACCUCCAUGGAUUGCAGCUCACCUGCCAUCUCGCCUCAAAUCUUUAAUGGAGGGGCAAUGUAUUUGAAGGACUCCGUGGCAUCGAUUCAGAAUGUCAUAGUGACUGAUUGUAUUGCCAAUCAUGGGGCGGCGGUGGCAGCCUGGGGUGCAGACAGGUCGAUCAUCACAGAUAGCGUGUUUGAACGCCAUGUUGGCACUGCAUGGGGUGGUACGAUGCUCAUUGAGGAAUCAUCCAUGACCGAGUUUCAUCGGUGCCGCUUCUCUCAUGGUCAGAGUGAUUAUGGUGGCAUCCUGGACGAUGGAGGAAUAGCAUCGCCCUUGUUUACUGACUGCAUUUUUGAGUACGGGGCAUCUGUCCAUGGCGCUGGCUACUACGGUUAUGGCUCUUCACAAAGCCGGUUCAUGAACACCAUUUUUCGCAACGGAUUUUCAAGUUCAUCUGGUGGCGCUGUCUACCUGACUGCGGACACCAAGCCGGAGUUCACGAACGUCACAUUUUUUAACAAUACAGCACGUUCUGAAGCUGGAGCAGUGCGAAGCUAUGCUGCGCGCUUGCGCUUCACGAGCAGCCGCUUCACUCAAAACUCAAUUUUUGGCAAGGGCAUUGGGUGUGCGAUGCAGGCCAAUUCUGGGUAUUUGACAAUGGAAGAUGUGGACUUUGAAGACAACUCUGGAUGCCUCAAAGGUACACCGAUGCUGCAACAAUGCAGCCUUCAAUCUUUCGGCGAGAAUGUGACCUUCAGCGCCAACACCGCUGGUGCAGAGGGCGGGGCCAUUGAGGUUCAGCUUCAGGAAGACGCCCCAGCAAGCAUCAGUUUAAUUGAGACCAUCAUGGAGUCCAACCACGCGAACUCAAAUGGCGGCGCAAUUGCUUGCAGUGAAGCUUCGGGAGAGCAGGUCGCCCUGAGCUUGGUGAACAGCAGUGUCCUCCGGAACACAGCGUAUGGCAAUGGAGCUGGUCUCCACUCGCGCUGCAGCAGUUUGACGGAGCAGGCCCUGUUUGUGGAUGUGAGCUUCCACCGGAACCGCGCCAGACUGGGUGCAGUGGUUUUCUUCAACGGCUUUCCAAGUUGCCGUGUGCCCGUCACAGAGUCAAACUUGUGGAACGCGUCCCAAGCUUCAGCCUGGUCUUGGUCGGACUUUGGAGCUUCGGUCACUGGAAACAUCGCAACGCUGGGCAACUGCACCGUUCUGCCAGAUGGAUUGGCAUUGCAAGGUUUCCCUGGAAUGGCACUGAGCUUUGAGGCGACCUUGAAGGACUUCUUCGGACAGGUCUACAUCGAUGACACGCUGACAGUCGAACUGGUAAAAGAUACGCAGUCUCACAGCUGCUCCCUCGUAGGUGUGGAACAGCAUCGCUUACUGGGAGGAGCGACCCGCAUCCAGGAUGUGCGGGUGCUUUCGGUGGAAUCCGAUGGAUCUGGAUGGAACCCCUCAUGUCGGGUCUCUGUACGAGUCCCUUUGUCCAUUUUUGCCUUGCAGUCCGUACGAACUGCCACGAUCCAGAUUUAUAUGGGACCUUCAGCCACCGAUUGUCCCAGCGGGUGGAUAUCUGAAACUGUUGGCAGCCAACGACAAUGCAAGGCUUGCCCUCCAGGUUCAUUUGGACGAGGAGAUCGCUGCGAAGUUUGCGAAGUGGGCAAGUUCAUGGCUGAAGAGGGAGGCAGUGAAUGCAAGAGUUGCCCGGCUGGUUAUGGAUGUCCAGCCGGGACCAGCAUUCCGGCCCCCUGUGUGCCAGGCUUUUUCCAGGGUGAGAAAGGGAGGGAAAACUGCGAGCGAUGCCCAAUUGGCUCGUAUGCCUCUGAUUAUGCGUCUACUACAUGCAGACCAUGUGGCAUGGGAAUGAUCACGGCUGAAAGCGGUUCGGUGACCAGGGGCGCUUGCGUGUGUGCUCAUGGCAAGUUUAUCACCCACAAUGGAUGUGUGGGCUGCCCAGACGGCAUGGUCUGUGUGCAAGGGCUGGAUCCUCCAAAGCAACGAGAGGGCUACUGGGCGCAGGUCAUCGAUUCUGGUCUCGGCCAGUAUUCAGUGCUCCUUUGUCGCAAUCAACUUGAGUGCCCGAAAGGCGAUCCAGAGCUUUGUGCAGACCAUCGUGAGGGCACAGCCUGCAACAACUGCUUGCCCCGAUACUAUCCGACAGACAGUGGAAGUUGCUCAGCCUGCGAGCCGACCGAUGCCUUGCCAUUUUACCUGACCAUUCUUGGAGUUUGGUGUCUGGUCAGCUUGCUGGUGACCUGGAUGAACACUGAGAUGUCCAAUUCGAACUUGAACAAGCUGACCAUCGCCGCCGUGGCCAAUCAGCUCUGUUUCACUAUCCAAACGCUCUCGACCAUUCGGCAGUUGCACAUCCAAUGGCCUGAGCCGGUGAAAAGCCUCAUCAGCCUCGCCGACUUGAUCACCAUGAUAGACCUUGACUUCUUGAAGAUUGCCUGUGCAAGCCAGUAUGAUCAUCCAGCUGUCAAGCUGAUAGGUCAACUACUGACGUUCCCGGUACUUGUAUUUGGCGUGGUGGGAAUUUGGCUGCUUCAACGUGCAUGCGGACGACAUCGAAUCCCUUUCGAUCACUUGUUCAACAUCAUGGGGCUGAUUCUGUUUGCAUUCUCAUUAGGCCUCUCGCUGACGACCCUGAUGCCAUUUCAGUGUUUGCCCAACCCCAACGGCACAAGCUCGAUGGCCAACAACCCUGGCGUGAUUUGCUACCGCUCCACUGAUCAUACGCUCUUAGCGUGCAUCGGUGCUGCUGGGAUCCUGGUGUAUCCUGCUGGCAUUAUCAGCUGGGCUGCUUGGACCACAUAUCAAUAUCCUGCUCGUGCAGCAUCAGGGAAGGGCUUGACUUUGCUAUACCGCUACCGCUUCUUCUUCCAGCGCUUCAAGCAAAAGUGUUAUGGGUUUGGGCUCUUUAUCUUGGUGCGAAACUUCAUCUUGGCUCUCACGCCAAUUGUUCUGGUGCCUGUACCUUCAUUGCAAGUUCCAAUGGUUGGUUUUUUCCUCUUGGUCAGCUUGGUGGCGCAGUUGCGCUUUUGGCCAUGGAGGACUAGGACGGCCAAUGUGGUCGAUAUGCUCAUGAACAGCUUCCUGAUGUUGACGUUGCUUGGAGUUGCUCCUUUGCUGGACAUCGACCAGGUGGAAGCCACAUUGGUUUUGGGGUACAUGCUAUGUGUUCCCGUUCUGGCCCCGGUGGUGCUCGCCCUGGGCGCGGUGGUGUGGUCGGGGUGCCGCUCAUGGGACAGCAGCCGAAAGUGGGACAUUUUCCUUUGCCAUCACAAAGGAGGAGGUGGAGCCUUAGCAAGGUACGUGAAGCUCACGAUGAAUUCCCAAGGGAAUUGCCGUGUAUUUCUCGAUGCUGAUUCCCUGGACAGCCUUGAUACACUCUUUGAAACGGUGCGCGACCGGACGCGGCAUUUUGUCUCCUGA